GGAUUCCACACGUAAUAAGCUCGGGCUCUCCGUCUUCCCCUCACCUCGAUCCUCUCUGCUCGUGCUCUCGAGCAGUAGAGCUGUCUGCUUUGAGACUCAAAAUUCUCUCUCUCUCUGUUUUUUUUUUUUUUUCCCCAGUAAGGUGCUGCCAGUAGAGGUCAGGGCAGGUCGGACCCGAACCGCACACAGGGCAGUCAAGGGCGCAGGUCAGGUCCGAAUAUUCAAAUAGCCGCCCUGACCUGCUCCAUUGCCAUUCCUACAGCGGCACAAAGUUGCAGAGAUGGUGCAGCCACUGCGCGAAGGUGGUCAUGGCGAACCGGCCCUUUGACAGCUCGCUUUGCUGCUCGGAGUGCGGGAAGGUGUUGGAGGAUUCUUACUUCUCUGAGGAACCUACAUUCAUAAAAGGUGGGGCAGGACAGAGCCAUUUAUCAGGAAAUUUUGUCAGGAGCGAUUGUUCUGCUUCAAGAGAAAGAACAUUAGACAGUGGCAUAGGUCGUUUGCGUGUUAAAGGUCCCCUCAUCUCUGCUUUUUUGCUGUCGUUCCGUCAUGUCUUUGAAGGCAUGAAGAAUUUGUGCUGUGGUUUAGGGAUGGAUCAACAACCUGAGGGCAUAUUGAAAGCCGCCUUGGCAUUCUACAGAAUGGCGUUUCAGAAUAAUUUUAUCAGAGAGCAUAGAUCAGAACUAGUUCAAGCUGCUUGUGUUUACAUUGCAUGUCGGGAAAACAGAUUACCGUAUUUGUUCAUUGAUUUCUCAAAUUGGUUAAAGGUAAAUGUUUAUGUGCUAGUUGCGGUGUUUGUGCAGCUAUGCAAAGCACUUUGGCUUGAGGAACACUGCAUCAUACAAAAGCCUUUUGAUCCUUCACUCUUCAUUCAUAAAUAUACAACAUGGAGGAGAGGCAGUGGUUUGUGGGGAGCAGCAGUAUAUCUAUCUGCACUUGCAUAUGGCCUGAAGUGUUCUAAGUCUGAUGUCGUAAGUAGUAAUUUUGUUUUGGUCCAUCGAAGAAAGCUGGUGCAUGUCCGUGAAGCAACAUUGACAAAGCGAUUGGUUGAAUUUGAGAACGCAAAAUCAGCUAUCUCUUGGCAUUUCACUGACAAUUGUAUUUUGAGAAGCGUGACGUGCUGUUUUCGUAUCUAUGGGGAACUGAAAAGGCACUAUGCAUCGAAUAGAAGUGGUGCACAGUCCCCCAUAAUCAGUUACUGGAUCGAGGAAUUGAAUGCCAAUGCAAAGGCUGAUGAAACAGGUUCUGCAACAGAAACAAAUAUUGGAUUGGAUAUAUCUGACUCAAGGGAAUUGCUAUGUGAGCAGAAGGGUACCAACACCCCGGGCUAUAAGAUUGGGCUCUGUAAAUCUUGCUACAACGAACUUGUAGAAUUUUCCGGGAGUCUUGAGGGAGGAUCAGAUCCUCCUGCUUUUCAGCGUGCAGAGAGGGAACGGGCAACGUUGACUGCUAUGGAAAAGGAAAAUGAAUCGAGUUUGUUGGAGAAAGAGAGGAACAGCUUUCCUGGAGUCGAAAAAGAAAAGUCGCAAACUGACACUAGAAAAACUGUUCACCCAAGCUCCACGGAUGGAGGUCUUGAUGGAUCACAUCGUGAAGAUAAUAUGACCACGAAUGCUGGUGAUGAAUCAGACUCCCUUUCUGACAUAGAUGAUGUCGAGGUUGAUGGCUACCUUCACAAUGAGGAGGAAAAAAAUUAUAAAAAGAUUAUCUGGGAGAAAAUGAACCGCGAAUAUCUCGAGGAACAAGCAGCUAAGGAAGCAGCAGCGGCAGCAGCAAGGGAAGCUUGUGCCACCAAUUUUAAAGGCACUCCGGAGGAAUUGCAAGCUGCACAGGAACUUGCCACAGCUACUGCAGCAGCUCUUGCAAAAGCUAAAAAGGAAAAGAAGCAGAUACGAGCUGCUGAAGAGAAAAACGCAACUCCUGCUCAAGCUGCUGCAGAAGCCACCCGCCAAAUGCUUAUUAAGAAGAGGCUCAGUUCCAAGAUCAACUAUGAUGUGCUGGACAAGCUCUUUGAUGAAACUGGAGCCCCCGAAAGCACGAAGAAGCAAAAGACUGAAUCAAACAACAGUGAUGAGGAUAUGCCCCGAAAAGGCGGGAGAGCGCUUGAAUCCGAGAAGGCAGACAGAACAGAUGAACCGGAAGGGGAAGGGGAAGACUAUGAAAUGGAAGGAUAUGCAGAAGGAGAAGAAUACGGGAAUGAUCAGUAUUAUGGGAAUGACUAUCUGAAGCAGGAUACAAUUACGAGGGUAACGACUAUGGCUAUGAUCGUUUUUGACCCAGAUGUUUCUCCAGAUUCGUUUGGGGCUAUAUUCUUCGAUAGGACAUGAUAAUGUACCGCAGAGGAUUGAGAUGGUAAUUGUACGUUGGAAUUUCGGAACACGAGUGAUGUGCACAUCAAAGAGAAGUAUAGAUUUAUAUUAAUUAGCAUAUACAGCAGAUUUAUUUAUAUUUAUUUUCCCUCA